AUGGAUAUUGAUAUUGCUAUUGCUCAACUAAAAGGACUUGUUUCUUUCUUUAAAGAGUAUAGAGAAACAGGGUUUCAAGCAGCAAAAGUAGAAACUGAGAGGAUUGCUGUGGAUAUGGAUAUUGAUCCUACAUUCUAUGUGAAAGCAAAACGCGGUUGUAAAAGAAAACGAUAUCACGACGAAGAAGCUGAAAAAGUUGGGGAAGAUGUGAUAUUUACAGCGGAAAAAAACUUUAGGGUAAACUACUUCAUCAAAAUCGUGGAUCAAGGUUUGGUUUCUCUUGAGACAAGAUUUGAUCAACUUCAAAGCUAUGAAAAGAUUUUUGGAUUUUUAUUUGACUUGAGGAAACUACAAUUAGCAAACGAUGGCGACUUGAUGGAUUCUUGUACCAACUUUGAAGCUUUCUUGAAGCAUGAUAUACAUUCUGAUCUAGAUGCUAAUGAUUUGUUUUUAGAGCUUAAACUUUUCAAAGAGGUUUUGCCUAAAGAGAUGAAGAAGGCUGUCGAAGUGUUGGAUUUUUUGAAAAAAAUGGAAAGCUGCUACCCGAAUAUAUGGACUGCAUACCGCAUAAUGAUGACUAUUCCAGUUUCAGUUGCAUCCGCAGAAAGAAGUUUUUCAAAGUUGAAACUUAUAAAAUCUUAUCUACAGUCAACUAUGGCGCAAGAAAGACUGAAUGGAUUGUGGAUAAUAUCUAUUGAAAGGCGUAUGGCUGAAAAACUUGAUUAUAAAAGCUUGAUGAAUGAGUUUGCAGGAAGAAAUGCAAGAAGAAUUGUUAGAUUUGAAGAAUAA